GGAUCAGUUUGAUAUAGGAUUUAGAAUUGAAUAUUUACGUGCGAGGGUUGUUUCAGACAAGACAUUGCGAUAAUAUUAUAGUGAUUCGUAACAGUUUUAGCAAGAGAAUAGAAAUAAUGUGUAACGGACCACUUCACAGACCUAAUGGAUUAGCCGACCCUUUUUCAACUUUUCAUUUUUUAAGGACGUACAAUCGUCUUUUGGGACCAGCAGAUUUGGGCCGAUACUACAACAUGGCUGUGAUGAAGGACCCCAAAGAUCGGAAAUUUUCAUUGCAAUCGAAACCAUCUGACAUUCUUCUCAAAUCAACCCCAUCCACAAUGUCACACUUGCUCAGUCCAACAUAUUCCACAGAUGUCGAGUCGUUGAAUACUCCAACAUACGCAAAUCAUAGUCCGAGUCGUACAGUAUCAUCCACUACAUGUGCCGUUUCACCAUCAUCUACAAUUGUUGAUGAAACAUUCGAACCGAAUUUUCUGCUCAGAGAAACCGACAAGAUCGAAUCAUACCAGUCAAUGAUGAGUCGACGACAAAGGGGCGAGAAACGUCCCAUUCCAAAUGAACAAAAAGAUGAGAAAUAUUUCGAGCGAAGAAAGAGGAACAAUGAAGCAGCCAAAAAAUCUAGAGAUGCACGGAAAAUUCGAGAAGAUCGAAUAGCUUUCCAAGCAGCCGUUUUGGAACAGGAGAAUGCGAUAUUACGAGCACAAGUGGUUUCGUUACGCGAAGAAAAUACCACGUUAAGGCAUUUGCUGUGCACUAGAGGUACAAAUAUUUCGAUUUGAUUUUUCGGAAUAAAGGAUUCAUUUUGGUU